AGCAUCAGGUUGUGUGGAAUCAUCCAGAAUACGGUUGUUUUAUCGUUUCUCAGCUAAUAUCUCAGCAACCAUGACUUCCGCUCAGCAUCUGAGAGAUUUUAUCAGAGAGAGACUAACUGCUGCUGCAGCAGAAAUCUUCUCAGAGGUGGAAAAAACCAUCAUCUGCUACGAGGAGGAGCUCGAUGCUCAGCGCAGGAUGAUGGGGAUCAACUGGAAACCAGAGAUCAAACUCAUCAGAAUCGGUUCGGAGCUGCAGAGACAAAGUUCUGACCUUCAAAACCUAAAUGUCUUCACUGAGCAGGAAGAUUCUUCCAUCCAACUUGUCUGUAACCAGGGGAGGCGGUCCAGCCACGAGGAGGAGGAACCAGAACCUCAAUGGACCGGAGAGGAUCAGAUGGAACCAGAUCCUCCACAACCACCUGAACACACCCUGAUGGGAGGAAACGAGAAAGCAGAGGCUUCAUGGGACGAAAGGCCACAGGAAGAAUCAGAACCUCCACCGACUGAAGAAUGGGAGGAAUCAGAAACUGGUUGGAUGAAAGAGGAAGAAGCAGAACCUUCACUGGAUAAAGAAACUCAGUGGGUUAAAGAGGAAGAGGAGAACCAAAGAAAAGCACUGAUUGAAGGACAGGAGGAUCCAGAAACUCCAUGGAUUAAAGAGGAAGCAGAACCUCUGAUGGAGGAAACAGAUUCUCCUGUUGGCUGUGAAGGAGAACCAAGACCUGAGCAGCUUCCUCUCCAUGUUCCUCCUGUAGUUGAGAGCAACGAUCAGGGAGGAAGCAGUUCCACCGGGUCACAGACUCAGUGCUACACUGACAACAUGUCUUCUGAUGAGUGUGGUGUUUGUGGGAAAUCCUUCAAGAAGAGGUUUAACUUGAAACAGCAUUACAGAACCCACACUGGUGAGAGGCCUUUCUGUUGUGAAACAUGUGGGAAAAGUUUCUCUCAAAUGAGUAAUUUAAAAGUUCACAAGAAGAUCCAUAGCGGCGAGAAACCUUUCUGUUGUGAGACAUGUGGGAGAAGUUUCUUAAGAAUCGAUCAUUUAAAUAUUCACAAGAAGGUUCAUACAGGUGAAAGGCCUUUUUCUUGUGACUUUUGCAGGAAAUCUUUCUCUCGUAUUGAUAAUUUAAACAUCCAUAAGAAAAUUCAUACAGGUAAGAGGCCUUUUCAAACAUAUGGAGAAGAUUUCUCUGUUUACAACAAAAUGAAUACAAGUGAAAGACCUUUUUCUUGUGAAACAUGCGGGAAAGUUUUCUCUCGAAUUUGUAGUUUAAAGGGUCACAAGAAAACUCAUUCAGGUGAAAGGCCUUUUGCUUGUGACACUUGUGGGAAAAGUUUUAUACAUAGUUCAAAUUUAAAUGUUCACAGGAGAACCCACACAGGGCAUAUGGAGGCGGUGCGGUUGGGCUCUCUGAGCUCCAGCUGCUCUGCAGAGGUCAGAUCCGUCUCUCCACCGUCCUCCAGUCGUUUCCAGGAGAYCUGGACCUCAGGAGGAAACAUGCCUGAGGCCAGACACAGCAGGAAGCCCUUCCUGUCCCGCUGGGCGCUGGAUGCUGCUGGGUACACGCUCACCACGGGCUGCACCACCGGGUCACCUGGAGCUGCGGAGGAAAUCUUCACCGAGGUGGAAAAAACCAUCGUCCGCUACGAGGAGGACAUUAAACUGCUGGAGAUCCGCUGGAAACCGCAGAUAAACGCCAACACGACCGAGCGCCCAAAUCAUCGUUUCCAUGGUGAGGAGGGGGUUCAAACUGACCUGAGCGCCAGUGAAGAACCAGAACCUCCAUGUUUCCAGAGGAACCAGCAGGAACGCGGGCGUCUCCAUCAUCCAGACAGCCAGAAGGAACCAGAAUAUUCCUGGUUGAAUCAGAACCAGCAGGAAGCAGAACCUCCACGGUGUGCAGAGGUUAAAGAGGAGCUGGACGAACCAGAACCUCCGACUGGGCCGAACCAGGAGGAGGUGAAAGAGGAACAACCAGAGCUGCUGCAGAUUAAAGAGGAGGAAGAGGAAGAGGAGGCGUGCAGCAGCCAGCAGGUGGAGCAGUUCAUCCUGAAGCAGGAGCACUUUGACUUCACCGAGCCUCUGAGUCAGGAAGCCGACCUCAGCGAGGGAGAACCCAACAUCCAGCGUCUGUACGCCGUCAGCUUCCCUUCAGCUGGGAACCAGAGCCAUGAAGAACGCAGCUUCCCUGCGUCCGACCCGAUGGUGUCCGCCACCGAUAAAUCGGUCAAAUGCGACGUUUGUGGGAAAGUCUUUAAGAAGAAGCAUCACUUCAACCGCCAUCAGAGGAUCCACUCCGGCGUGCGGCCGUAUGCUUGCACGAUCUGCGGGAAAGGCUUCACGCAGAGCGGCCACCUGAAGAACCACAUCAGGACCCACACCGGCGAGCGGCCCUUCUCCUGCGACACCUGCGGGAAAAGUUUCUCUCAGGUGGUCAGCCUGAACGUCCACAUGCGGAUCCACACCGGCGAGAGGCCGUACGCCUGCGAAAUCUGCGGUAAAAGUUUUACAGUGGUGACCAACCUGAACUUCCACAGGGGAACCCACGCAGACGAGAGACCGUUCCCCUGCGAGACGUGUGGGAAGGGCUUUGGGAACUACACGUCGCUCAAAGCCCACCGCAGGAUCCACACGCAGGGCCGGCUGCAUUUCUGCGAAAGCUGCGGGAAAAGCUUCACCAAAAACGCAGCGCUGAAGGUCCACAUGAGGACGCACACGGGCGAGAGGCCAUACCUGUGUGAACGCUGUGGGAAAUGUUUCAUCAGUAAGGGGGACCUGAAAGCUCACGUUAGAACGCACACCGGCGAGAGACCCUUCACCUGCGGGACCUGUGGGAAAAGUUUCAUCCAGAGAGGAACUCUGAACGUCCACAUGAGGAGCCACACCGCAGGAACUAACACCAACACCGACUGAACAGGAUGGUCACAUUUACUCUGGUCUCUUUACUGAGCAACUUAUUCAUCUGACACAUGUCCAGAUGUUUCAGACAGCUGGACCAAGUGGGGAUGAGGAGAGUGUGGCUGGAGACAUGAAGGAUUCUGAAACAUCAAAACUCAGUUAUCGGAAUGUUGAUUUUUGGAACCUGGAAAUGUUUCAUGAGAGGAACCCGGACCGGUUCUGGUGGAGACAUGAGGAACCCGGACCGGUUCUGGUGGAGACAUGAGGAACCCGGACCGGUUCUGGUGGAGACAUGAGGAACCCGGACCGGUUCUGGUGGAGACAUGGGGCUACGUUCUCACAGCUGGUCUUAACGCUCAACUCCAUUUUUAAUUCCGUUUUCUGUGUGGUUUAGGGCUGCUGUAAACGAAUAUUUUAGUAAUCGAGUAAUCUGUUGAUUAUUCUCACGAUUAAUCAGAUCAAAUAAAACAUUAGUAAAUCUAACACACCUGUGUUACCAUCACUUAUCAACAUCAGUCCAAUUUUUCACAUUUGAGCUUCCCUACAGUUGCUUUUCUGUAGUUUAGAAAAUUAACCUGUAA